CUUUAACCGUUGGGGACGUGUCCAGAGACUUGCUUGAUGGAGGGUCUGGCCAGACUUCUUAGGCCCUGCGGAACCUUUCUCUUUUCGUGCCAGCUUCGGCUGCUACUGCUCUUGUUGAAUGAAAACAGGCCGUUUAUCUGGUGGGAUACCCGAUUACGCGGUUAUCUUGACCCGCCCGGGCCCACUGCGGCUGUUCAGUCGGCAGGCGCUUGUGCACUUUGGCAUCGUGUUUCCCGCUACUCAAAAUGAUGCACGAGUUAGCUCUCUGCCCUGGUCGCGUCUGAUGAUCAAAGUGUGUGUGUUCGAGGCCUCUACUCGAUCUAAUACACGCCAGGAAUCAACGCGUAGGGGCAGCGGUCCGCCCACGCCAGCCACUGUGCGCCAAACUGCGCUUUGAGCGCCGCAUCCUCCUUUGCCAUGCGACCCGCGAGGCCGGAGACGAUGACGGACAUGAGCGACAUGUAGCCGAGCCCGAGCAUCCUGCCGGGGACGCUCCCCCGGUACACGCACUCGACGGCCCACGUCCCGGGGCUGCUGAAGUACAGCACGAGCCCCGCAUAGACGAGCAGCGCGCCGGCGUACGACGGGUGGCGCACGACCGCGUACGGGCCCGCGGUGACCAGCUCGUGGUUCUUGAGGAUGCCUGUCUCGAACGUGAAGUGGCGCCCCAGCGCGCGGUAGCACGCGAGCCGGAUCAGCGCGCCGCUCGCGAUGAGCAGCAUCCCCAGCACCAUCGGUGCGGACGCGCUCGCGCUGAUGCGCCGCGCGUCGCCGCCCAGCGCCGGCAUCAUGUCGGCGGGGAGCACGAGCGAGAGCGUCUCGGCGAGUGCGAUGCACCAGUACAGGAUCUGCGGAUUCGGUCAAGCACGCCGCACAUCGCCGCACAGAGAUAAUCGGGGGACGCACUGUCGGCGAAUGCCGCAUGUACGGCGAGACGAGGACCCAUUCGACUGUGGUCGGGGUCACCGUCCGAUCCGAGUUUUUGAGGGGUGGGUUGGGGGAGGUGGACGCGACGUGCAGGCCCGCGGUCGCGGCCAGAACACAGAUGAGUUUGGGGAGAAUCUCCAUUGGAGUACAAUCGCGAACCCAGCCCACGUUGUUUAUAGGGGGAGGCAUGUAGUGCGGGGGCGUGCACGGGAGAAGCACGGCCGCGAAUCUCGAUCGCUUUGAGUGUUUCUGUUCCACGCGCCACUGUUGCAUUGCCAGAGAGACGACGGCUGCUAACCGGGUGAUAUGCUCCUGCCAGCCAGCGAAGGGUGUCAAACGAACCUCGCUCCUAAGCGCCUAGCGUAAUUCAUCUCUCACAGAUACCCAGCAGCCGCUCAGUGAACGUGGCGAAUCGCAGGUGGAAUGGAUAUGCCGACAUGACUGUGGGAUAAAGAAGAUCCGAUUUAAUCUCACAGUUUAUCGGGGCCACUCUCUAAUCUACCCAGUGCUCCUUUUGAUUCUCUGGGUGAUAUUUAACGAUGGGGGCGGAGCAUGUCUGCAACCUCCAAGAUCAUGGCAGGGCUCCUCGCGCGUCCCACGUCCACCGAGCUGCAAGCGUGCUGGGAACUCUGCCGCCUGCACAACAACAUCGGCUUCUGGGUCGUCUGGCUUCCGACCGCUUGGUCGAUCGCCAUGGCCCUCAAAGCGCAGCCGGAGCUCCCGCUACGCGACGCCGCGGCGCGUGCGGUGCUCUACGUCCCGCUGUGCUUCGGCGUCAAGUCGCUCAUCAUGACCGUCGACGACCUCCUCGACUACGACAUCGACGCGCUGGUCGCGCGCACGCGGGACCGGGCGUUGCCGCGCGGGGCGAUAUCCCGGGCGCGCGCGUGGGCCUUCUUCGCGCUGCAGGCUUCGCUCGGCGUUGUUUUGGCGUGCGGGGUGCUGAGCCGGACGGCGUUGUACGCGUCGAUGACGGUCUGGCCGCUGUAUGUCAUAUAUCCGACCUGCAAGCGAUGGACAAAUCUCGCACCGGUUCCACUCGGGCUGAUGUUCAAAAUCGGAGUCUUCAUGGGAUGGAGCGACGUGAGCGUCGACGGGAGCGUAGCGUGGCAUGUGCUGAUCCCAGUCUACCUCGGCGCAUGCUGCUGGACGCUCACGUACGAGACGAUCUACCAGCACCAGGAUAAACUGGACGACCGGCGCCUCGGGAUCCACUCGCCGGCGCUGCUCUGUGGGGCACAGACGAUCCCCGUGUGCACCGGCACGGCAUGCGCGUUCCUGGGCCUGCUGACGUACGGCGGCGCGGCGAACGGCCACGGGGCGCUCUUCUUCGGCGCCGUGGCCGUCGCGGGCGCGCUGCUCCUCUCUGCGCUCGCGGGAACGGACAUCGAUGCGCCCGCGGACUGCAAGAGAUUUUUUCUCAAGACGCCGAUGAUUGGGCAGAUUAUCCUGGCGGGCUUGGCGGCGGAUGUGCUGUGGGAGCGCGCGGCUGGUUGGCGCGGGGUGUAGUGCAGACCGAUGAUUUUUUUUUCGUUGUCUGUUUAGGAAUAAUAUCCCGAAGCUCCACGGCGGGGAACCAGGUUUCAUGAGAUCCGGCGCGACACCCGCCAGCCGGCCAAUGCAUGUUCUUCGAUUCGCCAUGUUAGAUGAGAUGAGUAUCGUGUCAACAUACACGCGCUUGACACAUUCUUCAAGUUUUCGCAGUCUUCUUCAUCUUCAUCUUAAUCAUCGUCAUCUUUUUUUGCUGUUCUUCUCAGAGUGAGUCUCACUCAACAGAAAAUCCCACGGGGCUGGAUAGCGCAGUCAGUCUGACUUCCAAGAUGGAAAUGAAG